AUGUCGUCAAUUCAUCGAAUAUAUUAUUUUAUUUUUAUUAUUGGUCUAAUUUAUUUUUCAAUAUUACUUAUUCAAAAAUUUGAUAUAAAUUUUCGAAGAUUAAUUACAAAAUCAUUUAUAUCAAGAAAAAAUAUUAUCUAUGGUGAAUUUACAUGUGAAACAUGGAAGAACUUUUCAUAUAUUAAUGUUUCGAAAUAUCAAAAUUGUUUAAAAUGGCAGUUAGAAACAAGUUUUUGGCCUGUUCAAGGACUACGUCAUACAUCUUAUAAAAAUUUAUUAAAUUCAUCUUCACUUAUUAUUGAAGUCGGUGGAAAUCGUGGACAUGAUACACUUGAAUUUAUUAAAUUAUAUAAUCCUUUUAUCAUUAGUUUCGAACCAUUAGUACCAAUGUCCGAAGCAUUGAAGAAAAAAUUUAAAACAAAUUCAAAAAUAGAAAUUCAACCAUAUGGACUUGGUAAUCGAGCAAGAAAUUUAUUAAUUGAACCAUACGAUUAUGCAAAUGUAGGUACAAGUAUUUUUCGAAAAUUAUCUUCUAAAAAUUCAUCAAAAAUUCAACAUAUUCAAUUACUUGAUGUAGUUCAAGUUAUUGAAAAUAUUCGAAAAACAAAAACAAAAUAUGGAAUAAUUGAUAUGAUUAGUAUUAAUUGUGAAGGUUGUGAAUUUGAAAUUUUACCUGCUCUUAUUCUUAAUAAUAUGAUACAAUAUUUUCGAAUUAUACAAUUUGGAUCACAUAUGGGACUCGUAGCUGGAUCACCAUGUAUUUAUUGUCAAAUUGAACAGGCAUUAGAAAAAACUCAUCGAAUAAAAUAUCACUACAAAAAGUUAUGGGAAGGAUGGGUAACAAAAAAUUUUCAAUGA